AUGGACGAGCACAUCGACGUCCUAGUCGGCGACUGGAUGAGCGAGUUGAACAUUCCAACACGAGCUUACAACGUUGCAAACGGUCUAGGGAUCGGUUACGAGGAGACUUUCCUUGAAGCCCUCGAACCUGCCUUGGAGAAUAUCGCCAAGAAAGGUAUCAAGCUUGCCGCGAAUGCCGGGACUGUUGCAACGAAGGAGUUGUAUGAUAUUGUGGUUAAGAUGGUGAAGGAGAAAGGGCUGGAUUUAGCGGUUGCGUGGAUUGAGGGUGAUGUCGUUUCGGAUCUUGUGAAGGAUGAUUUGAAGAAAGCCCCGAGGAAGUUUGUGCACAUUAGCACGGGGGAAUCACUUGAGGAGUGGGGGUUCGAUCCUCUAUUUGCCCAAUGCUACCUGGGCGGCCUGGGAAUUGCAAUGGCGUUCAAAGCUGGCGCAGACAUUGUCAUUUGUGGCCGGGUGGCAGAUGCUUCUCCUAUUGUUGGAGCGGCAGCUUGGUGGCAUAACUGGUCUCGUACCGACUACGACCAACUUGCACAAUCUCUGAUAGCUGGGCAUCUUAUUGAAUGCUCCGUGUAUGUUACUGGCGGAAACUUCUGCGGCUUCAAGAGUUUGGACUGGGCUGGCAUCAACGAUUUAGGAUAUCCAAUUGCAGAGAUUGCACAUGAUGGAGACGUAAUCAUCACCAAGGCGAAGAACACUGGGGGCCUUGUAUCCAUCGAGACAUGCAAAGAGCAGCUUUUGUACGAGAUUCAAGGGAUGUACUAUCUCAACUGCGACGUCACGGCGGUGAUCAAUCAGGCUUGCUUCACUGAACUCGCACCAAAUCGGGUCAUGCUCUCUGGCAUCACUGGAAAGCCACCUCCAGCUGCGACGAAGAUGGGCCUCACGGCUUUCGGUGGAUAUCAAGCAGAGCUCCAUUGGGCUAUGAUUGGGUUGGAUAUUGAUGAGCGAGUGAAACUACUUGACGACCAGCUGAGAGAUAGUUUCGGAAAAUCAAGGAUGGCGAAAUUUAGUCUCUGGGAUAUCUCUGUGUACGGUUCGACUCCUGAAAAUCCACGGAAUCAGAACUCUUGUAUCGUGGAUGUGCGCUUGUUUGCACAGGCCAGGCAUGCCGAAGAUCUCUCCGAAACCAAUUUCAUCAGACCGGCACUUGACAUAAACAUGCACACUUAUCCGGCAGCCACUUUCCAUGCCGACCUACGGACUGCCGUACCCAAAGUCUUUACCGAAUACUUUCCGACACUCAUUCCACAACCAACACAAACAAUCCACUUCUCAACUGGUGCAUCGCCGAUGACGUUUGUGCCACCAACAGAGACUACUAUACACCCAGCAUCUCAGCCGUCAUACCCGCCAACAAACCCUGUUGAUUUGAGCUCUUUUGGCCCCACAAAACAAGUUCCACUAGGACGUGUCGUGUACGGACGAGCUGGAGACAAGGGGUCAAAUUGUAACGUCGGAUUAUUCGCACGUAAUGCACAAGAAUGGCCGUGGCUCCGCAGCUUACUGAGCACAGAGAAGUUGAUAGAUCUGAUGGACGAAGAAUACAAGGGCCAGGAAAUUGAUCGCAUGGAGUUCCCAAAUCUUUGGGCUGUGCACUUUUUACUCCACGACCACUUGGAUCGUGGCGUGACAGCAAAUGCUGGAUAUGAUAUUCUGGGAAAGUUCAUUGCUGAGUUCCUCAGACUGAAGAAAGUGGAUGUUCCGGUAGCUUUCUUGGAGAAAGGGGUUUUGUAA